GGUAAAGGGACACUCAGAUGUGAUCCAACUGCUUUCAGAGGAUGAGGUUUCUGCAGAAUCUGUUGCUGCAACAUUUGUGUUCCCUAUGCUCAUCUCCCUCUCUCUUGAACGGCUCCCAAAUCUCAACAAUUUCUGUCCGGAAUGAUGGAUCGCACUUGCGUCCAAAUGGCCUCUAUGCUCCCAUGAACAGGUUUCCGACAUAAUAACUCAGAAAUUUGCCCAUUCGGAUUGCUGAAUAAGUUUCCAAAUUUUGAGACGCUUGGUCUUGGGGGUGAGGUCCAAGGGAUAUUCUCAGUUGUGGCUUCACUUCAAACACUUGCAGAAGGCGAAGCAUAUGUGACUCAAUCUCAUUAUUCUUCCCUGCAUAUUCUUCAAUAUCUUGAAACUUUAUGAGUCAAGCCAAGGGGUUGACCAGUCCGCUGACGUCAUCACCAGCUUGUGUCAUUUGCUGAAAUAAUUUGUUAGUAGCGCGCGAAAUUCAACCGUUAGAGGUUGGUAGCUUAUUCCUGAGAUCCAUACCAUGGCUUAUGAAUUUUCGGUCCUUUCUUCUCUUCCGCAAUGAAUAAUAAAUCAUGCGAACACCCAAGAAGAUAAAUAGUUCUGCUUUUUCUGGAAUUUCUCUUCAAUUUCACACCGUUUCGCGACGAGAAUCUCUUCUUACGAGUCUGCUGGUUGCGUUGAAUUCUUCACAUUCUGUCUCCUGCUGCAGGGCGAUUCAUGCUCGAGUGCUCAAAUCUUUGAAUUACAGAGAUGGUUUUAUUGGGGAUCAGUUGGUAUCUGGUUACAUUAGUCUGGGGUUCGCAGAUGACGCAGAAAAGCUGUUUGAUGAAUUCCCCCACAGAGACCUGAUCUCCUGGAAUUCUUUAAUUUCUGGGUUUUCAAAAAGAAGGGACCUUGGUAAGUGCAUGAAUGUAUUUCUUAGGUUGAAAUCUGAACUUACACUGGAUAUGAAUGAGCUGACGCUUAUACCCGUCGUCUCAGCCUGUACUUCUGCAAAAGCCCAGCAUGAAGGUCGGUAUCUUCAUGGUAAUGCAGUAAAAUUGGGCAUGAAGUUGGAAUCCAAGGUCGCUAAUUCCCUGGUAAAUAUGUAUGGCAAGUUUGGGUGUCUUGAUUCUGCUUUCAGGCUAUUUUGGGAAAUGCCAGAACGAAAUCUGGUAUCAUGGAAUUCAAUGGUGGCUAUCUGUACCCAAAACGGGAUCCCUGAAGAAGCUCUUCAAUACUUUAAUAUGAUGAGGCACAAUGGACUUUUGCCUGACGAGGCAACAAUUGUCGCCUUGCUUCAAGCUUGCGAAAACUUGCCUAUGGGGAAAUUACUAGAGGCCAUUCAUGGUGUAACCUUCACCUGCGGUCUGAGUGAAAAUGUUACAAUUGCAACCUCGCUAUUACUCUUGUACUCAAAGUUAGGGAGAUUACAUGCUUCUCAUAAGGUGUUUACGGAGAUUAUUAUGCCUGAUAAAGUGGCUUGGAGCGCAAUGAUCGCGGCUUACGCGAUGCACGGUCAUGGAGAAACAGCAAUAGAAUUGUUUGAGAGGACAGUAAGGCAAGGUAUGAAGCCUGAUCAUGUUACUUUCACCCAUUUGUUGAGUGCUUGUAGCCAUUCAGGGCUUAUUGAGGAGGGGAAGCACUACUUCCAUAGCAUGUCUGAUGUUUAUGGCGUUCAACCCAGAUUGGAUCAUUAUUCAUGUAUGGUAGAUCUUCUUGGCCGCCGAGGUCUGCUCAAUGAUGCUUAUGAGCUCAUUAAGAACAUGCCUUUAGAGCCAAAUGCUGGAGUCUGGGGUGCUCUUCUUGGUGCUUGUAGGGUUUACCGUAAUACUGACCUGGGGAAAGAAGCUGCGGAGAAAAUGAUUGAAUUAGAUCCAUUAGAUUCUAGAAACUACAUUAUGCUUUCAAAUAUUUACUCAGCUGCGGGUUUAUGGGAUGAUGCAUCAAAAUUGAGGGCUUCAAUGAAGGCUAAAGGUCUGAUCAGAAGCCCUGGCAUCAGUUUUAUUGAGCAUGGGAAGAAAAUCCAUCGUUUUGUGGUGGAUGAUUAUUCUCACCCUGAUGCUGACAAGAUACAUGAAAAGCUGGAAGACUUGAUCAGAAAGAUUCAUGAGGCUGGCUUUUUGCCAGAAACUGAAUCUGUUCUUCAUAAUGUUGAUGAGGAAGUGAAAAUGGAUAUGAUCAACAAGCACAGUGAGAAGAUUGCUCUUGCAUAUGGCCUUUUGGUUAAAAGCUCUGAUGAGCCAUUAGUAGUUAUGAAGAACCUUAGAAUCUGUCGUGAUUGUCACAGCACUGCAAAGUUUGUCUCACGGAUAGAGAAGCGUACUAUCAUAAUCCGUGAUUCAAAGAGAUUUCAUCAGUUUUUGGAUGGAUCAUGUUCAUGUGGUGAUUAUUGGUAAUUUUUAUGGAUUUGAUGGUGCUUGAAUGAUUCUUACAGAUGGAAAUGGCCAUCACACAACAGUAGCUGAACAGAUGACUUGGCAUUCACAUGUUUUCAUUUCCAUGUUCAUAGCAAGUAACCUGCAGUUCAAUCUUCUGACCCAGAUAGGCCUCCCAUCCUCCUUUUCUUUUGCAGGUUGCUUACCCAAUACACAUUGGAAGGCAACUGAACUGUCUU